CGCAACGUCAGACGUCUCACCUUACUCGUUCCCGCCAUCUACGACCUGCAUCCUCAUCCCAGCUCCUCCUUGCCCUUUCCGAAGAUCAGUACGCACCUUCGAUUACAAGACCUCCGCCAGCCAUGCACCACAACAAUUCAAGCCAAGGCAAGGCAAUGCAACUUCUUCUCCCUCUCCUCGCCCUACUCCUGAUCUCAGGCUCUCGAUUGUCGAAUGCCUUUCCCACGCCAGACCUCUUUGCCCGCUACUCGUCUCCAGCUGAAAUUCCAUCAGUCUGCGCAAAGAAGGAUUACUUUUGCCUCACGUACAUACCGCACGCAAUGGGGUCAUUGCUGGUCGAGUCUCACGCUGAUUGUAGUCGCUACUCGACAUGUCCGCCAUUGCAGGGUGCAGAGCCUCAAUUCGGCGCUCGUCGGCUUCCACACAAAGCACUGCGGUGUUCAUCAGACGAUCGAUCAUGACGGCUAUAGCUGGCGCACGUUCGUCUUCAAUGGCAGAUGCUCCGGUGAAGUGCUGUACGUGUCCCUCCGCAUCUCGUCUGCGCAUCAUGACUUCUGCGCUCAUGUCCUUUUCCCCCUUUUCGUGUAGUAUGAGCUGCCAAGUCACCCCGACCGGGCUGGUGGAGCAGAUCCCUUUCUCCUUCGGUUUCGGCACUAUUGGUCCUAAGAAAGACCGUCACGCCUCGUUCAUUCAUGCCGGUGCGCCCGGCAUCGUUGGGAAAGAUUCCUACGGCAAUCACAUGGAUGGCAAUGGAAUGGUAGGAAGUAAGCGGCUCAACAAUGGUCGCUGGUGGGUCAACUUUCAGGUCUGGUGUAGCAUGUGGUGAAUGGGAUUGCAGCGCUGCUCUACAACCCAGGUUCAUUUGUGCCGUCACGCUGAUGCAGCGAUGACUGCCACACAAA